UAAAACCUAAAAUGAUCAAAAGCCGGCACGUCUCCUUGUUAAAUGAAGUCCUUCUGUCAAAUGUGUCCGGCCGACACCGAGUUUGCCAGUCAACCUAAACUAUCAACAACUUUCCUCUAUAUUUGACGGAGGCGCGAUGUCUGUUCGCUAGCAUCGCUUCUCUCGUUCUUCAACGCUCAAAGAAUAAUGGCAGCGGAUACGACGGAACUAGAGGUACCGGAAGACGCUGUGGGUCGGCGGGUGUCGUGUAAGGGGGAGAGGGCCACAGUCCGCUUUGUGGGUGAGGUCCCGCCCACUGCAGGCUUGUGGCUGGGCGUGGAGUGGGACGACCCCACGCGAGGGAAACACGACGGGCGCCACGAAGGAGUCCAGUACUUCACCUGCAGGCACCCCAAAGGAGGGUCCUUCGUGCGUCCGGCGAAGGCCAGCUUUGGCUCGGACUACCUGGCGGCGGUGCGGCGCGUCUACCACGUCGACGCCGAGGAAGUGCUCGGCGAGGAGAUCUCCAUCUCCUCCAAAACUUUGGAGUGGGCAGCCUUCAAAGAGCGCAGCUUUGAAAGUCUUCCAACGGUCCUCCUUCGAGGCUGCGAGGUGAACGGGCCCGGCGCGGACGGCGACAUCCGGGAAACGACCCCCAACGUGCGCUGGCUUGACCUGAGCACGUCUCUGCUGUGCUGCUGGGAGGACGUGGUCGCCAUCAGUCGCCAGCUGGAGCACCUGGAGGCUCUCCAGCUCAGUUGCAACAGAUUGCGUUUGCCCUCUGACCCCGCGGCCCACUGCCGGGCCUUCUGCAACCUCAGAGUCCUCACCCUCAUCGGCUGCGAGCUCACCUGGACUCAGAUCCUGCAGUGCGCCCUCAUGUGGCCGCAGCUGGAGGAGCUCAUCGUGGAGGACAACAACAUCACGGAGCUGCACAGGCCAGAGGGCGUCCUUCAGCAGCUGAAAUGUCUCAACCUGUCCAAGAACCCUGUGGACCAGGACAGCCUGCUGACCCUGGCCUUCCUGCCCAGACUGGAGCAGUUAAACAUGGCCGACACCGGACUCUCCCAGCUUCACUUCCACGACGCCGCCGCAGGAGGUCAGACGGCCAUGUUUGCGGCGCUGGAGAACCUCAACUUGAGCCGCAACAACAUUAGUGAGUGGCGUGUGAUUGACGAGCUGGCCAAGUUGCCCGCCUUGGUGCAACUCUGUUGCCGCGGCAACCCGCUGGCCAGCAGCGACCAAAACCCUGAGACCGCCAAGCAGAUCUUCAUCGCCAAACUCGGACGCCUGGAGGUCCUCAACAAUUGCAAGAUCCACCCUCAGGAGAGGAGGGGGGCGGAGUGCGACUACCUGAAGAUGUUUGGCGAGGAGUGGCUGCAGGUGAGGGGGCGGAGUCCGCUCAGUGAGCAGUUCGCACAUCGGCAUCCUCGUUACCUGAGCUUGGUUGACAAGUACGGCGCUCCUGAAGAAGGCGAAGUGAAGAAGCGACAACCAUUCGCACUUAAGAAUCAGCUUUUAAAGAUCACCUUUGUGUUUGUUGAUGGUGACAGGCGGCCCGUGGAAAAGAAGCUUCCAGCCUCCAUGGAGGUCCAGAAGGUCAAAGGUCUCCUUUCCAGACUCAUGAAGGUUCCUGCGGCCGACCUGAGGCUCAGCUACACCAGCGCCAAGGUGGCCGACAGAGAGUUUGUCAUGGACAGCGACCUGCAGACCUUGCUCUUCUACGCCAUCGACGACGGCGACCAAGUGCUGGUGCGCUGGCUGUGAACACACACACACACACACACUCAUUGUGUGACAUCAUUUGGCCACGCCCCCAAACAAUCAUGUCACUGUUCAAAACACAACACAUGCAAAAGUCACUUUUAUCCUAUUUUAUCAUCACAACAACAAUAUUUACAUGUUGUUUACUGCAAAUGUAACCCAAUAAAACAUUUCUUUAAUGUCAACACAUUGUUUAC